AUGGAGAUGCUGAAGGAAUAUGAUCUUGCUGUGAUUUGCCAACGUGAACUCAAAUCUAAUCUAAAGAAGAAGUUUCAAUGUGUAUUUGAGGGGAUCGCUAAACAAGGAAACCCAACACUUCCCAAUAAGAUCUACACAGAGCUCUACAUCACAGAGGGUGGAACAGGAGAGGUCAAUAAUGAACAUGAGCUGAGACAGAUUGAGACAACAACCAGGAAUCAAGCAAGACCAGAGACUGCAAUCAAAUGUAACGACAUCUUCAAACCCUUAACUGGACAAGACAAACCUAUCAGAACUGUGCUGACAAAGGGAGUCGCUGGCAUUGGAAAAACAGUCUCUGUGCAGAAGUUCAUUCUGGACUGGGCUGAAGGAAAAGCAAAUCAGGAUGUCCAAUUUGUAUUUUCAUUCCCUUUUCGGGAGCUGAAUUUGAUGAAAGAGGACAAACACACUUUCAUUGAACUUCUUAAUCACUUCUCAAUGGAAACCAAACAGUCAGGAAUCUCCAACUUCGACAAGUACAAAGUUCUGUUCAUCUUUGAUGGUCUGGAUGAGUGCCGACUGCCCCUAGACUUCCAGAAGAACAAGAUCUGUUGUGAUAUCACAGAGUCAACCUCGGUGGAUGUUCUGCUGACAAACCUCAUCAAGGGAAAUCUGCUUCCCUCUGCCCUCCUCUGGAUAACUACCCGACCAGCAGCAGCCAAUAAGAUCCCUUCAGGGUGUGUUCACCAGGUGACAGAGGUACGAGGGUUCAAUGACCAACAGAAGGAGGAGUACUUCAGGAAGAGAUUCAGUGAUGAGGACCUGGCCAGCAGAAUCAUCUCACACAUAAAGACAUCAAGGAGCCUCCACAUCAUGUGCCACAUUCCAGUCUUCUGUUGGAUUUCUGCAAUAGUCCUUGAACACAUGCUGAAACAUAAGAGAGAAGAGAUGCCCAAGACUCUGACUGAGAUGUACACACACCUUGUGGUGUUUCAUACCAAACAGAAGAAUGCAAAGUAUCUUGGGAAAGAAGAGACAGGUCCACACUGGAAUAAAGAGAGCAUUCUGUCACUGGGAAAACUGGCUUUUCAACAGCUUGUGAAUGGCAAUCUGAUUUUCUAUGAAGACCUGAAGGAGGCUGGCAUUGAUGUCAAUGAAGCCUCAGUGUACUCAGGAUUGUGCACACAGCUCUUUAAAGAGGAACGUGGGCUGUACCAGGACAAGGUGUACUGCUUUGUUCAUCUGAGCAUUCAGGAGUUUCUGGCUGCUGUAUAUGUGUUCCUCUCAUUCAUCAACAACAAUGAGAAUGUAAUGGACAAACUGCAAUCAACAUCCAGGAACUUUUCUGUGAGGAUCAAACAAAGGCGUAAAGUUACUUUCUACAAGAGUGCUGUGGAUAAAGCCUUACAAAGUGAGACGGGAAACCUGGACCUUUUCCUCCGCUUCCUUCUGGGCCUCUCACUGGAGUCCAAUCAGAAGCACUUACGAGGUCUACUGACAAAGACAAGAAGCAGCUCACAGAGCCAUGAAGAAACAGUCAAGUACAUCAAGGAGAAGAUCAGGGAGAAUCCCUCUCCAGAGAGGAGCAUCAAUCUGUUCCACUGUCUGAAUGAACUGAAUGACCAUUCUCUUGUGGAGGAGAUUCAAAUAUAUCUGAGAUCAGGAAGUCUCUCAAAACCCAACCUGUCACCUGCACAGUGGUCAGCUCUGGUCUUUGUGUUGCUGACUUCAGAAAAGGAGCUGGAUGUGUUUGACCUGAAGAAAUACUCCAGAUCAGAGGAAGGUCUUCUGAGGCUGCUGCCAGUGGUCAAAGCCUCCAGAGCUGUUCUGUGAGUA